AUGGCUUCAGAGAGAUAUCGCAGAAACAACAUACCCUCCCUCACCACUGAUUCUGGUUUUUGUGCGGAAGACCAUGCAAGCAAAGAGGCCAUCAUCUUUCAGACCUUCAAGGAUCGACUUGGCACUAAAACCAAACAUGACAUGAAGUUUGACUUGCCCAGACUCAUCAAAAAAAUUGAUGGCCUUGAUGAACUCACUGUACCUUUUACAGUGGCAGAGAUAGACCAUGUGAUCAAAACGAUGCCGGCCGAUCGGGCUCCGGGCCCUGAUGGAUUUACAGGUAUAUUCCUAAAAACUUGCUGGGAGGUGAUCAAGGAGGACUUUUACAAGCUUUGCAACCAAUUCUUUGAGGGUAGUCUGAACCUAGAGAGCAUCAAUGAAGGCCUAAUCACUCCCAUUCCAAAAGUUAAUGCGUCUUCAACAAUUAAUGAUUACAGACCGAUCACUCUACUUAAUUGUUGUCUUAAGGUAAUAACUAAACUGCUGGCUAACCGACUGCAACGAAUCGUCCUCAAAAUUGUGCACCGCAAUCAAUACAGUUUCCUCAAGGGACGCACGAUCCAAGACUGUCUAGCCUGGGCCUUCGAAUACAUAUAUCAAUGCCAAGCCUCCAAGAAAGAGAUCAUACUACUUAAACUGGAUUUUGCUAAGGCCUUCGACACCAUUGAUCAUGAUGCCAUGAUUGAGAUCAUGCGCCACAUGGGAUUUAAUGAAAAGUGGCUUGGAUGGAUUAAGUGCAUCUUUGCCUCGGUUGGCUUAAAAAUAAACUUCCACAAAUCCACACUUGUCCCGAUCAACUGUGAUGAAACACUAUGCAACAACCUGGCGCAUAUUUUUGGAUGUGUGGUGGGAAAGAUGCCAUUUACGUACCUCGGCCUCCCCAUGGGGACUACUAAACCUUCCAUGCACGAUCUCAUGCCUCUGGUUUGUCGGCUGGAAAGGAGGUUAUCUGCCACACUGAAUAUGAUAUCCUACGGGGGCAAGCUAUCCCUGCUCAACUCAGUUAUUACCUCCCUGCUCAUUUUCGCUAUGUGCACACUCAAGCUUCCAGCUGGAAUUCUGAUUUGGAACUCUUAUUACACCUCCCGGAUACCCCAUGCAACUGAUCUUUGUGGUUCCUUCUGGUGGCGGGACGUUUCAAAGUUAAUGCCUAUUUAUAGAGGAAUCACCCAGGUGAAUGUGAAUAAUGGUGCAACCACGCUCUUCUGGAAAGAUAUGUGGAUGGAUCAAAUCCUGGCUGAAACCCACCCACGUGCCUUCUCUUUUGCAAAGUAUGAAGACAUCUCUAUUGCUGCGUUUCUGGGAACCACCAGUUUGCAAGAAAUGUUUCACCUGCCUCUGUCUGAACAGGCACACGCCGAAACCAGAGACUUACAGCACUUGACCUCAGACGUUCAGCUCGAAGAUCAACUAAUACAUGCUGAAUGGAUCUACAUCUGGGGUUCCAACUUCUACACGGCCAACAAAUUUUAUGAGUUCUACUUCAGAGACAUCCAAGCUCACCCUGCAUUUUCGUGGCUAUGGAAGUCAAAAACCACGAUGAAACUCAAAGUUUUUGGGUGGCUCCUACUUUCGGACAGGCUGAACACCAGAAACAUGUUAAAACGCAGACAUUAUAACAUUGGUAACACUUUCGGCUGCCUGCUUUGCCCUACAUGCAAUGAUGAAACAGUGGAGCACCUAUUCUUUGAAUGUCCCUUUAGCUUGCAUUGUUGGGCCAAAAUUGGAAUGCAAGGGACCACUCAAGGCAGCAGAUUGGACUGGGUGGAAUCUGCUAAAACUUCUUGGAACAGACCCUUAUUUGUGGAAAUUCUCCUCCAAUCUGCUUGGAGCAUUUGGAAAGAAAGGAACAAUAAACACUUUCGAGGCAUAACCCCAUCCACAAGCUCCUGGCUCUCUAGAUUGAAAGAAGACCUAGCUCUCCUUACUUAUAGGGUGGGAGAUAAGAAUAAACCCUUCUUACUUUCCUUUUUGCAAACCUUGUAA